AUGGGAGCUUUGCUCUCGGCGCCUGGAGCAGAAGGACGAGAAGGACGAGAAGGAGAAGAAGGAGAAGAAGGAGGGGAAGGACAGAGCUGUCGCAGCGAAGGCGACUUGGGAGGCCCUGAGGCCGAGCCGCGGAAUCUGGAAGUUCUCGAGAUUCAGUUGGAGGUUCGGAGCCUCGCGGGGGAGCAGAUCAAACUGCCGGUCACCACAACAACGACCUGCGCAGACCUGGCCUCGGCCAUCGAAUCUCAGCUGGGCCUCAGUGCCGAGCUCCAGGACUGGGUCCUGGACUUCGCGGAGAGCGCCGAAGAGGGCGCCCCGAGGAGCGCUCCCAGGAAGCUUCGGCCGACCUCCGCCGAGGCUUUCUUGUCCGAAGCCCUGACCUCUUUGACGUCUCCUUCGCCUUCUUCGCCUUCUUCGCUUUCUUCGCUUUCUUCGCUUUCCUUGACCGUGUUGCAUUUGGGCUUCACUCCUUUGGCUGCCUUGCCCCCGCGCUUCGCCCUCCGGCUCACUUCUACCCGAACGAGGGCAGGCGAGGCCUAUCGGAGAAUGUCCAGUGCCUUCGCCAGCUUGUGUUACCUCCGUGGCGAUGUAGAUGCACACCAGCUGGUCGUGGAGCCUUGGAGGAAGAACGACCAUGACCAGUACAUCUAUGAUAUCAAGGCCCACACCGUAAAGGCCACGACAAGCCACUGGAUGAGCGGAUCGACAGAGAAGACCGAGGCCCUGGCACAUGACCCGUUGGCCGAGCUUGUGCAGAACUGGUGCGCUGCUCGCUGCCGCCGUCCAGAUGCAGAUCAACGCUUCUGGCGACUUGAGACCGAGACCGCUGUAGAACCAACCGAAUGCGAACCUCCUUGCCGUGUCCGAAAGACAAGAGCAGAGCCUGGGCGGCCGAACUACGCGGCUGUGCCAGGUUGGUUUGUGGCACCAGCAGACUGCACGGAGCUGGUUUGCGAGGCUGCAGUUGGACCUGUUAAGAUCUUGCGCCUGCUUGUCAACCAGGAUGGGAAGCCCAUCCGCGCGGCCUUGUGCUGCAAGCAAGUCAGCCCUUUGCAUGCGCCUCGAGUCGUAGGCCGGUGCGCGCCCGUUUCCAAACUGGUAGUGGAGCUGCAACUCCUUCACUGGAGGCAGUCCCAGCGGACACGCUGGGCAUGA